UUAUUUUCUUUUACACACAGCAUUUACCAGAAGUCUGCUGCAGCAGAUUGUGUUACUUAUAUUUUCAUCUUUGGCCUGUGAUGCAACAACAGAUAUUAGCUAUUUGUAUUUUAAUGUAGACUGGCUUAUACUUUAUGUACCUUCCAUAUGUUGCAAAAGGUCCAGCUGAGGUCAAGACAUCUUUCUAUAGUGUUUAAAAAACUCUUUGUUUUUCUUAUAUUAAAGGCUCUUUAAUCGUAUGCAUGUGUAUUUAAUUAAAUUUUGUGGAAAUGAAAUUAGCUGCAAAGUGAGCUUGGUUUUGCAGCCUUUCUUUUGUUGAGGAGUAUGUGAAUAGUUUUUGUUUUAGGCCAGCAGGGUGGGAGCAGUAGGGGCAAAAGAGGUGAGGAAGACUUGCAAGCUUUCUGCUGUUGUGGCAGGGUUAGAUUUGCAAGAAAAUGAAAUUAUGUGUAUUAUCACUUCUGAAAGGGCAAAGAAAGAUGAACUCUAAACAUUCCCUCUCAAAACACACACUUCAUCAAUGCCAUUGUAAGGAUGAAUGCAGAGUAUUUGAACUAAUGGAAGCAGGAAAAGAAUGGGAACAAUCUGACUAAAGCAGACCUCUCUGUCUUCAUUAAGAUGGCAGUGAUAUUUUCUUAUGGCCUUUGCUUUACUUGGAGAAGGAUAACCAGUCCAUUACUAAGCUGGAUUUAUCACUCAUACAAAGUUUCUAACUGGAGCUAGAUAAUUUUUGAGAGAUUGAUGCAAGCACCACAGUAACCUAUUUCAAUCUUUUGUGUCUGGGUCCUGGGGGAUGCUUAAGGGACCAUCUUUCUGUUCCCAGACCUCAGUUUCACUCUGCUGUUCAAGUCUUUCAGAUGCUGGCAUGUUAGGUUUAUGUAGAAUCCCUGUUGGGUUUUCUGGUUUGCAUACUUAAUGUAAUGUGAUUAUUUCUUUGGUGAAUAAAAAUAAAUCUUUAGUUUAAGAAAUAACAGUUCAUGUUUCUUGUCUUUGGUUUUGAUCAGUACUGAUGAAACAACACAAUUAUGGUUUAGUGGCUCACUGAGUAGCAGUAGGAGGCUGCAGGUUCUAUAGUGGAUAUCGAACACAACUGACUGUCUCCAUAACGUUACUUGGUGGGCUUACUGCUAGCUGUUGGCUGAUGACAAAGUUGGCAACCUAUUGCAAGGAAAAUUGGAUCACAGUUAUUGUGGUAAUGACAUAGAACUAGGUAUAUUUUUAAUGACAGGGACAUAUUUGGUGCCCACAUGGAAUCAACUUGAUCUCUGCAAAAUGCUGACUUUCAAAAGAUAGUAACGUGAUAGUUACAAAUGCAGUGUUACUGUAAAAUACUGUAUUUCCAAAGGAAAUAUGCAAAAGCAUAUUAAACUGUGUGUCAGAUGACAGAGUAAAACCAUAAAACUGGAAAGAGUGUAUUGAAGAAAAAAUAUUUUGUUUAUACUGCAUAUGGUGUUACAAAUGGUGCUAAUCUGAACAGAAAACACUUUUUCCUUGCUGUUGUAGAGCAAGAACAGAGAUACAACCAAAAAUGGAAACUCAAAAGAGGCAGAAAAAACAGUGUGAUGUGAAAACAGAUCUGAACUUAUUGCUUGAAUGCCUUAAAUACCAGAUGGACUGCCCUCUAUCUCAGAAAGACACUUUGAUCACUAUUUACUCAAUUUGUCAACAAAACAGUGAAGCAAGUGAAUAUUUUCGAGAAAUUGGUGGUUUGAUGUUUGUAAAUGAUCUUGCAAAGUCAAGUAUUCAUGGCAUAGUAAAGGAAGCAGCUUUGUUUACAUUAGGAAUUACAAUGGAGAGUAAUGUUUAUUGUCAACAGACUUUGUGUACUGCUGCAUUGUUUGAAGACCUCAUUUCAUUUUUAAUUAAUAAGAAUUCUGGUGUGAACUUGAAAAGAAUGUCUGUUUAUGUCAUCUUAGCACUGGUUUCCAAUAAUAUAAGUGGGCAAACCUAUGUCAGAGAUACAGGCUGCAUUGGCCUACUGCUACAGUUAUUCAGAACAACGCUUUCCGCAUCUGAGAUCAAUCUGUCAGAUGAAGAUACUAAUCAGUGCUAUCAGCUGUGGUCCUCAGUCUGCAGUACUCUCUGUGCCUGUGUUAACAAUCCCCAGAAUGAAUAUAAUCAAAACAUUUGCUCUUCAGUCUUCCCAUAUGCCAAAGAGUGGCUGGAAAGUUGCACAAAGCCUGAGAUAGUUCGUCCUAUUUGUUCAUUUGUUGGUCUCACAGUUGCAAAUAACUCAUAUGUGCAGAAAUAUUUUGUUUCUGUUGGAGGACUGGAUACAUUAGCUAGAGUUCUCACCAGGCUUACGCAUGAUUCCAAUAUGAGUCACUCCAGCAUUAAACUUGCAAUAGCAGUAACAAAGACUCUGGAUGCCUGCGUUGCUAAUGACUCUACCAUAGGUGUUGUCUUGACAAAGUACCACACUGUGUCAGAGCUACUAAAGCUGCUGUCCAAUGACACUCUGGAUACAAGAGAAAAAAUUAGUAUUAUUCUAACCAUUGGACACUGUACUGAAGUUUGUGAAGAAAACCAGUGUGAGCUGCUCCAGAAUAAUGGUCUUCCACUUAUGAUUCAGUUAUUAACUGAGUCUCAGGAUGAGGAACUAAACAAAGUGGCUACUUUUGUGCUUAAAAACUGCAAACAAAUGACUAAACAAUUGUUCCUGAAAAUAAAUUAUAAUUCAUUAAAUGCAACCAAUACAGAGGAGUUGGACAUGCAAGUCAGAAAAAGAAGUCUAGAAGACUACUGGAAGGAAGCAAAAGAAAUUUUAUACAGAACAAACUUGCUUGAAAAAGAGUGUAAUGAGGAAAGUGUGAAAGGAGGAGUAUUUGUAGAAAGAUCCUCAGAAGCCAAUGCUGAAGCAUCCAAAUACUGUGAGGUGAAUCCUGCUGAUCCGGAAACUUACAUAGCAAGAACACAUAAAGAAAUACAUUGUCCACAGUCAGAUGAUCAGGUUCUUUCUCCAUCUGUAAAUUCUUCUGCACUGAAAAAUGAAAUAGUUAACCCUAUGAAUCUAGUAAAUGUUUCUGUGAGACAAAGUGAACAGAGGAAUAGUCUGUGUUCAGUUAAUGAACUGCAAACAGAUAGUGUACUACAAAGUCAUAGUAUAAAUGAAAGAACUACUUGUGUAAAAAAUCAAUCUAUUCAAGUAAGUGAACAAUUAUUUAAGAAACCAGCAGAGGUCAUUAAAAACGUGAAACAGACAUGCACAUCAGAUCAACACUCGGAGAUAACCAAAGGAGAAAAAAGUACUUCAGCUACAUCUACAUCCCAGAAAAUGGCAGAUUUCAGGUGUUCAGGUUGUAAAGCAGGAGAACUGUCCUUCAAUAGUAAAACCUUUACCAAGGUGUUGCAAAGUUGUCCAUACCAGUGUGACCAUCACAAAGUCAUUCUGGAAGCAGAAGAAAGACGUAAAAAGGAGCUUCGCAAAUUGACUGUUUGCAACAAUAGGAGAUAUGCAGGUUCUGAGAAAAUACUGCUGACCCCUGAGAAGAAACAAAGACUGCAUACAGAAACACCAACUUUUAGGAGCAGACUGGAUAGUUCUCAAAAAAUACUACUGACCCCAAAGAAGAAAAAAAGAGUACAUGCAGAAAUACCAACUUUUAGGAGUGAAAUGGAUGAUUUUCAAAGUAUUAUUUUGACUCCAAAUAGAAAAAAACAAUCUAAUACUUCAAAUAGAGAUGGACGUAGUAAAAAUGCGAGUUUGGCCAAUGACUGUAACUUGAUACCUACGUAUAAGAAGUCUUUACAAAAAAGCCAAGAUGCUAACUCGAACAGGCAGAGAGUCAAAGAAAUGCGCAACCUGGAAUGUCAGUGCUUAAAAGAAAAUCGCCUGUAUUCAGUGGAAAGAGAUGAGAAAGGACGGACAAAUGUUGACCCUUCCAAGAAGUACUACAGGUUACAGUUGCAAAGGUGAGAAAAAAACAAAGAUCAAUAACACCUUUCAAGAGUAUUUUGGAUCUUGUUGCAGAAUGCUGAAGAAUGGCAUUUUUAACAGUGGUGUACUGUUGCAGCAAUACAAACCCUCGGAGAAUUUAGAUUGGCUUGGACUCCUGUUCUCAGUGAUAACAUUCAUUGACAGAGUUGUUCCACUUUGUAAAUUGAAAUUAUAUGUAAUUGCCUAAGUUUGUUAUUUUGGUGCUUGGGGGGUUUUGCUUUUUUUUUUUUUUUUUUUUUUAAAUAAUGCUAAAGUAGCUAACAAAAUACCAGUAGAAUAAUUUAUGAGGUUCUCUGAACCUUCUUGAAUGUUUUAUUUAUGUAAUAUUUGAUCUGCCUUUUUGUUUGAAGCUCUCUAUAGUUUGCUUUACACCAUUUGUAAGAAAAGGCUCUAUCGCUAAAAUUAAUAUUUAUGUCAGAAACUGGUGUUAAAUGUUUUGUCUUGUUUCCUCUUAAUCAGUGAAAUGUUUAAAGUAGGUAAAAUAUUUUGUCGUGAGUUUAAUGUGCUGUAUGUACAGAAAAGUGUAUCUAUGACAGAAAACACCACAUGUAUGUAGUAGCAUGUAGCAGGCAUCUUUUUGUGUAUUACUCAAGUAAAUAGGCAGAACUGCCAUUUCUUGCACAGUUUUCAGAGAAAGCUUUAUUGAAACCCUUAAGCACGUGAUUUUUCAGUGGUAGCCUUACUAUUUCAUUUGCAUAUUUUAUCUAUUCUGAUAAAGGUGUGAUUAAUCGAUAACUAAUUUGUUAUGGAAAAAGUUUAGUUACCUUAUUAGCACUAGGUUUUUACCUUUCAGGGAGCUGUAGAGAAGAGAUUGACAAGGUCCCCUCUGAGCUGCCUUCUCUCCAGACUAGACACCCCAGGUCCCUCAGCCGUUCCUCGUCAUAUUUGAGCUCCAGGAGCUUUGCCAGCGUCAUUGCCCUUCUCUGGCCCCAGUCCAGCACCUCAAUGUCUCUCUUGUAGUGAAGGGCCAGGAAGUGAGUA